AGGUUGACGCACCGGCGGCUAUUUUCACUAAGCCUCAUGUGCUGAUGGCGGCAGUUUGAAACUUCCGGAGAUUUUGGUCGAUAGAUUUGCGUUCUCUGGUCUUUUGUCUAAUUUAUAGACGAAUAUAGCGAAGUGAAAUGACCUCUAAACCUCACUGGUUCAUGCAGGAGGUGUUCCUGUUCCGCACCAUUGCCAGCCAGCUGUGGGCUGUACUAUUAGUGCCUGCGGGGGUGUACGGCCUCCUCCUUACAACCCAGGUGGACCUGCUGCAUCCCUGGCGCUGGAUCGUUGGUUGUCUGUUUGAAGCCCUGUCACCGUACAACUGGGGUUACCUGCUGCUGCUGUGGGGGGUGGUGGUGGUGGCAGGGACCAGUCAUGCCAGACACCUCACUGUGUCUCCCAAGAUCCCUCAGACAAGACUGGCCAGGCUGGUCCAGCUGCUCAGCCCCUCCAGCCUGAUGCAUGCUGGGAUGCAUGUCGUCAUGGCAAUGGUGAUGUCAUACUGUGCAGCAGCCCUGAUUGGUCCACAGUUUUCAUCCCUGUCGCUGCCGUGUCAAGGGUCAGACCAGAACAUGGGGGGGACAGUUGGACCAGUCCACUGCCUGAAUGAGAAGAGUGUUUUUGUGGUGUUCUCUGGAGCCUUUCUGGGCCUGUGUUAUAGUGUGCAGUACUUCCUACAUAGCAGACAUCGGCUACAGUUCCCUGUUAUCCAGCAAGCCAAGUUUUUCCGAGUGCGGACCCUCCUCCCCCGGCUAGUGGUUGACUCCGCCUCCCGAGUAGUGCGGCUCUUACCUGGGUACUACCUGGGCUACUACCUACUGGGUCAUGGUGUGAAGACUUGGAUGUGUGCACUGCUCCGACUGAAGCCCAGCCCUGUGGAUAUCGGCAGCCUGCAUGGCCUGUUGGACGUGGGUCUCCUGUGGCAGACAGCUGUCGGUGGAACCUUCAUGUUCUGUCUGCUGGACACAUCAUGGCUGAUGCUGCACAUCUUCCACGCUCAGGUUUUCAAGUUUGAGGUGGCCUCCAGCCUAGCUGACCAGACUGACAGAUAUCUGUCAGAUGCUGUCCAGUGUCAGGACGUGCCUUUGGUCCAGUACCUCGGUUUCCUGGACCUGUCCCUGUUAGCCCAGUUCUCACCCCAGCGCAGGAGACACAUCUUCAGCCUCAGUCAGCCAGGUGGCCAUCCUUAUGUAUGGAAGACUGUGAGUACAUCCAGCCUAGCCGUGCUAGAUUCCCUCACCAACCGGCUAGCAGCCUGCCGACAGAACAUUGGGGUCACAGGUCAGAGGUUAAGCCCUGACCCCACCAGGGUUCAAGGGUCACAGAAGGUGGGAGUGGGAGGUGGGCAGGCACCAGGAAAGCUGGAGAAGGUCACCUUGGGGUUGAGGAGAACACCUGUCCUGGCGUACUUCUUACAGCAGCUGCCAGAAGCUGCCAGUGCAGAGCUGUUCCAGGAUGCCCAGCUGUUGGUCUGGGUUCUGGAAGGCCUGUCCCACCUUGUGGCAGCCUCCUACACUGAGGACACCUACGGGGUCGUGCAGAAGUCCCUGCCUGACAUCCUCACUGCCCUGAUAGGACUGCAUGAGGCGCUGGACCGACAUUUCAAGAUGCCGUUGGCUGGAAGUCGUCCCUCCCAGCAUGCUUGGUUGUCAUGCCAACGGGACGUUUCCAGCCAGAACAUGCGGUUUUCUCUGCUGCCUGCCGCCACCACUGCCCUGUACCAUAUUGUCAACGUGUUCGGCAAGCAUGUGGAGUCGAUCCCUUUGUCGACAGAGCACAAACAGAAGCUGAGGCUUUUCCUGCCCCAAAGGGACGCGGCAGGGAUCCCCAGGAGCUAAGCUUUGUAGAGUUCUGUAAAUCUUAGAAUCUUUACAUGAAAGUUAAUCUGCCGUGUUGGUAAAACUACUCUCCAUGCAGAGGUUCGGAUGUUGAUGUUUUUAGGUGUUUUUAUUGGGCUUUCUUUUCUUGGUCACGGUCAUAUGACAUAAAGAAACAGUGCAAAAUAUGAAGACCAAUAAAACGAUCUCCCAUCCUUAAAAAAACAACAUUAAAAGCCUGCCAGAGCCAACCUCUGCUUGGAGAGUCUACUACGCGAAACAAUAUUAUGGAUGGAACCAACAUCAGAUUCUGGAAGAAUUGAGACUUACUGUAAAUGUUUGCUGACGCCAGCAUUAUUGUGAACUCAAAAGCAGUGCAACUGUAAACGUCCCCUUGAAACAAAAAUAUGUACAUUAAAGUAUGAGGGCAGCAAGAGGAGUGUGAUGGACCUUCUGUAGUGCAGUGGAAACUGAAAGUGAAAAUAGUUCAUUCUUAAAACAAGAAAUCUUUUUAAAAAAGCUGUGCCUUGCCGCGUGGUAGGAAUAUCGUCAGGAAAAGGUAGGUCGGCACUUCAAGCCCAGCAAGGCAAAAUGCUAUGCCUUGGCGUGCAGUAGGGAUAAUUUGCUUGUCUGCUGAAUACGUAUUAUGGUAGCCAAAGCCUUGUAUUGAUCUGUUAAUCUUGUUGGAAAUAUAUGUAGGUGUCUUAAAAUAUGACCUUGCAUUUUCUGACCCUCGACCACUAAUAAAUAUGAAAUAAUUAGACAUUAUUUCAAGGAUAUACAGUAACAAUUUUAAUUUAUUUCAUUUCUGUGAAAGGGCAGCUGAGUGGGUACUGUAUGCUUAGCAGGAGUUCAGGUACUGUGGUCAGCUGAGAGGGUACUGCAUGCAUAGCAGGCGUCCAGGUAUUGUGGCCAGCUGAGUGGGUACUGCAUGCACAGCAGGAGUCCAGGUACUGUGGUCAGCUGAGUGGGUACUGCAUGCAUGGCUGGAGUCCAGGUAUUGUGGAUACCUGAGUGGGUACUGCAUGCAUAGCAGGCGUCCAUGUAUUGUGGUCAGCUUAGUAGGAGCUGCAUGCAUGGCUGGAGUCCAGGUACUGUGGUGAGCUGAGUGGGUACUGCUUGCACAAUUUGAGGUACUGUGGUAAGUUGAGAGGGUACUAUAUCAGAGUCCUCCCCAAAUGAUGGAAUAAGGGAGGCUCUCCACUAUACUCCAGCCCAGCUCCACUAUACUACAUUUGAAAUCUAGUGUGUUUCUUCCCUAUUUUCCUGAUUAGUUUUGCUAAUUUUAAUGAAAAUUCACAGAUUUUUGUGGUAUCACUUUUCCAGUUGGCAUUGUCUGCAAAAACUUGUGAAUGGGCGAUGGUCAAAGCAAUAGUGGUUUUGACACUUCACAACAAAGGAGUCACAACACUAUAUUGUACUUGUAGUAUUUGACACCAUCUGUCAUGCAAAAUGAACAAAUUUUCAUGAAAGCGCAGCGCGUUGGUUUGGAUUAUUUUUGCCAGCCCCUCCACUAUACUAAAAGAUUCUGGGGAGAACCCUGACUAUAUGAAUGACUGCAGUUCAGGUAUAUGUACUAUGGUAAGAUUGAACAGUUAGUCAAAAAUAAAUUAAUUGUCUUUUGACAAAUUUGA